GUAUUCGGUACGAAGUACAUGUACUUGGAUAACUUUAGUGCAAAUAAAAGUAAAAUAAAAGUGCAAGUUCGACACGCAGAACCAAAAUCCAUCAAACCAAAAACUUGCAUCAUUUUUGUAACUUUGGUGCCAAAUCCUCAAAAUGGCGGACGGACAACUUGUUGAGGAUAACAAAGCUACCGCAGUCGCAAGUAGCCUGGGCGAGUCUCUGAAGCAUGGUGCCAAUGGCAGUGCACAUACCGAGACUGAUGGUCCUGCGUCUAAGAGACAAAAGCUUGAUCAUGAAGAGACAAAACGGGAAGACCAGCAAAAUCAGUCCAAGGACAGAACCCGAGGUGUUGCGCCCGUGAAAGCUGAAUAUCUUAUCUCUGCUGAGGCUCAAACUAAGGUCGUGGAUGAUGAUGCAGCAGAAGCUGGUAUUGCCACAAAUGAUUCUGUCAAUGGCAAACCUGAUCCUCGGGACAGCCAUGGUAAGAAGGGGAAGAACAGGAAAAAGCAAGGCGGUCAAAAUCAGAACCGCAAUUUUGGCAACCACGAAGAUGCAUUCCGCCUAUGCAACAGCAUUACCUACUCCAACGAAUUCUCACCCAAACCGUGCAAAUUUGGCGAAAGGUGUAACUUAUCUCAUGACCUACGCAAGUAUCUCAAGGAGGGUCGACGUGAGGACCUCGAUACUCUCGAUGGCAAAUGCCCCAUUUUUGAGAAGUAUGGUAGAUGUACUGCCGGGUGGAAGUGCCGUUUCGUGAAGAGCCACUCUAAGGAAAUCGAGCGAGAAGAUGGACGAAAAGAGCUUAUACUUCUCCAGAAUAGCGGUGCCAUGGAAACUGACGAAGAUCCUGAUCAACGACCUGGCGUGGUCAACGUCGUAUCUACCGAUACCAAGUGGGAUCUAGCUAGAAGAAAGGUCAAGUUUGAAAAGUCUGAGCCGUACAUAAAAUGGCUAGAAAAGGAUACUGAGCUGAUGAGACAAGUACACAAUCAAGCCAAAAAGCAAGAGGGCGACAGUACAAAUGCUGAUAUCAGAGAAGAGCUCAGAGCUCAAUUCGUGGACCCGCCGCUUAAGCCGUCCGAGAAGAGGAGGAUUUACUUCGGGAAGGAAACUCCGGUAUUAGCUCCCCUAACCACGCAGGGCAAUCUACCCUUCCGAAGGCUAUGCGUCGAAUUAGGAGCUCAGAUUACAUAUUCGGAAAUGGCCAUGGGAAUGCCUCUCGUACAAGGUCAGAAGGGCGAGUGGGCACUUAUGAAGGCCCAUGAGUCGGAAACUGUAUCCCCACGAUUUACGCCUAAGCCGGACGCAAUAGUAAAGGAUUACGACAAUACGAAGGACCUCAAAUUCGGAGCUCAGAUUUCGGGUAAUCAACCUUGGGUGGCAAUGAAGGCAACUGAGGCCUUGGCCCAAUUUCUUCCUCAUCUUCGAGUAGUAGAUUUGAACUGCGGGUGUCCUAUCGACAUGGUAUACGAGUCAGGUGCUGGCUCUGGACUUCUUGACACGCCUAGCAAGCUGGAGAAGAUGGUUCGGGGUAUGAAUGUCGUCUCUGGAGAAGUGCCUAUUACAGCAAAGCUGCGAACAGGGGUACGGGACGGGAAGCCGACAGCAGACAGGCUAAUCGAAAGGCUUGCCUUUGGUGGUCCAGACACACGGGACAGACUUGGAGCACCCGGGUGCGCGGCUAUUACAUUGCACGGACGAAGCAGACAGCAGCGAUAUACGAAAAGUGCCAACUGGUCUUACAUCGCUGAAUGUACUAGCCUAAUUAAAUCAUACAAAGCUAAGAAGGAUGAGAUAACGGACACGGCCAAAGAAGCGGAUGAGAAUACCCAGGCAAACACAACCGGCGGUAAAGUCUACUUUAUCGGCAAUGGGGACUGUUAUUCACAUGUAGACUACUUCGAGCAUAUUGACAAGGCCAAAGUUGAUACUGUCAUGAUUGCGCGAGGCGCUAUGGUCAAACCGUGGUUAUUCGAGGAGAUCGAGAAGGGACAAUAUCUGGAUAAGUCUGCGUCUGAGCGACUGGGCUAUAUAGAGAAGUUUGUCCGUUACGGACUGGAAGCGUGGGGAUCUGACGAGCUGGGCCUGGGCUUCACGAGGCGGUUCUUACUGGAGUGGUUGAGCUUCACGUACCGAUACGUACCUAUUGGGGUCUUGGAAUACCUUCCCCCUAGCCUCAACGACAGGCCACCGCUAUACAAAGGACGGAACGAGCUUGAGACUCUUCUAGCAAGUGACAACUAUAAGGACUGGAUCAAGAUUAGCGAGAUGUUCCUAGGCCCUGCUCAUCCGGAUUUCAAAUUCCAGCCCAAGCAUAAGUCUAACAGCUACGAGAUUCAGGCGGAAGGAUAAACCCUGGAUUAUCUUGAUGGGUUAUGUGUUGACUUAUUCGGUUGCAAUCAAAGCUCUAAGCUCAGGGAUGAUAUUCCUAUUUCGAUGUAGCUUUGCUAGCAGAUAAAUAUACAUAGUAUACCACAACCAAUAGGUACAAUGGAGUAAUUUGCUGCAUUUGAUGAGCUGUGGCGCAGAACACGCGGCCCUGGGCCUCCCAUCACAACAGGCCAGAUUGCAUUUGCUUCUGCAUGGUACACCAGUUAGGCAGAAGUAGACCUAUACAUUUCAAUUUUCAAUAUAGAAUGAAGAAACCCAUUCAGAAUGUUUCUUGGUGUAUAACGGAAAUGGCAUCGCAAGCAUACGAAAUUAAAGCUAGAAGUAUAUCUUGUCAGUACUUAAGGUAUUGGUGACAGAUGAAUCAAGUGGGUUGUGGUAAAGAAUACGGAUGUACUUGACGGCUU